CAUCAGACGAUAUUUUUUUCUUCCACGUUGUUGGCUGAACCACAAAUGCGCAAAUUUUCCCUUUCACCCCAUUUUGAUGAAUAACAAGACUGCCUAUCAAAUAUUAGGCGUUGACUCUUUUACUUCACAAAAAGAGAUACGCAAAAAAUACUUGACACUCUGUAAACUGCAUCAUCCAGAUAUUGCAAAGACAAAGACGAUUGACUUUAGAGAAAUCACCGCAGCAUAUGAAUGGCUAUCAAAUAAGACACAACAACAACACUAUUCUGAGCCUAGAAGGAGUCCAAUCAAUACUUUGCUUUGGACAAGGAGAAGUUACUUUGCUGGUUUGGGAUUAGCUGCUUUUACUUUGCUAUAUUUCUAUCAAGAUACAACACCUAAAAGAACAACAACAACAAAUAGUUACAAACAAAUCAAAAGUGAUAUUCCUCCUUGGGAAGCAGCUGGUCUAAGUUUCCGUGAAUGGCAAAAAAGAUAAUAACUG